AUGGAACCCGAUGACCCUGAUUACAAGUAUGGAGUUGAAGAUUAUGAUCUGAUUUACCCAAAUGUAUACCACAGUGCAUACCACACAGCGUAUAAUAAGGACAAAUUGGAAGAACUAGGCAUUACCCACAUCUUGUCACUUGGAAAUGAAUUUGAAGAAGAAUUUAAGGACUCCUACACUUACAAGAUCUUUGGGCUUGAUGACGAUGACGAUAACGAUGUUAAGCAGUUUUUCAAAGAAGGAAUUGCAUUCAUAGAAAAAUGUCUCCAGGAUAAAGGAACUAUUUUAGUUCACUGUGCAGCAGGUAUUAGUAGAUCAGGCGCCAUGAUGACUGCUUAUUCGAUGUACAGAGACAAAGUCACGUUUGAAGAAGCCCUCGAGUAUGUGCAGAGCAAGAGGACGAAGGUCUUCCCAAAUGAAGGCUUUAGGAAACAACUCCAAGAAUUUGAAGAAGAGCUGAAGGACCUUCAUGUUUAUUAA